UGUCUGGGCUUGUUACUGUUAGCUAGUACAUGGACAAGCAGUACUGCAGUAGUCAGACAUGACACAAAUUACCGCCAUAGCUGGAUCCUUCAUUCGUUUUUGCACUACACAAUAAACUUUUAUGAUAACAGUCAGCACUUGAAUGCUAGCUACCUAAUGUUAGCAAGCAAAUCAGAGUUGAAACAAGCUAGCUAACGUGAGCUAGCAGGAAUUUUAGCUGGCCAGGUCGUAUUGAAAGCUAGUUACACCGUUCUGAGUCUGGUUGUUACUGGCAGGAGUAUGGGGUAUCGUUACCUACAGCAUGAGAGAAAACAACUAAAACAACCAAUGGGUCAGAAACUGAACAAAGUGCCGGAAAAGGAGGGAGUUUCAACAAAUGCCUCCAAUGGAGGAGAGCAGUCGGAGCCCGGUGAACAGGGCAGUGGUAGCAGUAGCGGUGGGACUGGGAGCUAUCGGAAAACAGAGGGACUGGGUGUCAGCAGCAGCCUGGCCAGUAAGCAGGGAGGCGAUGAGCUCACUGCCACCCCGGCCUUGACAGACACCCUCAGUGAGGGGCCAAUGAGCACCUCGCUAGGUGAGGAACAGAGCCCCUUGACCGCGGGGGGAGGGAACGAGGGAGGGGACAGAGAAGGCAGGGCUGUCACAUAUGAUAUAGAGAAGCCAGAAAGUGUCCUGAACUCUGAGAGGAGCACACAGCACUCAGAGCCCAAAACACAGAAUAAAGCUGCGGGUAGUAGGAAAAGGGCAAAUACAAUGGAUGGACAAGUGAGGAGUAAAUCCCUGGCUGGCGGUUGGCACAGCGACUCAGAUACAGAGGAUACGAAAGAUAUGUCUAACACAGAGGACUUGGUGAUCUCAGAGGCUACCGAGGAGGACUUCGUACUUCUGGAGAAGGAUGAAUCGUGUUCAUCGUCUGAUGUGAGGAGCACGAUCUCUAAAAUCAGGGACAAAGAGAAGGAAAUGAAACCGCUCUCUGUAAAUAGAAUAGUGAAGGAGGAUACGACUUCUGCCGCUGUUGUGGAUAAACCUCAAGACCCUACAACGUCGCCUACUGAUCCAAAGAGGAACGUUUCUUCUGCUGUGGAUGAUCAGAGGCUCAGUGAGGACAGACUUCAGAGGUCUUCAGGAAAAAAGCACCAGGACUCCAGUAAGAAGACCUCACAAAAAGCCUCACCUUUGGGUGAUGAAACAAGCAAAACACAGAGUUUGCAACAAGUAACACAGGAUGAGGAUACGAGCAGCACUGUAAACACUUCUUGUGUUCUUUCCGGUAAUGGACGCAGCGGUUGCGAUGCACAUACCCGAUGUUCACACACAGAAUGUUCGGAAAGAGCGGAUCCACAUUUGGCUGAACCUGCAGGUAUCGUGUGUCGCCCGAAGAAGGCUGAACGAACUGAAGCUGUCAAAGCUAUGACAGAGAAUGAGGCGGGAAAGACUGCGACUUGUGAGCUCAAAACGGGCAUUCAAGGCAAAGAACCAGCCCUCUUGAGUGUUGAAUCAACCCAUGCCAAUUACAAGCCAAAUGAUAUAUAUAAUAAAUCCCCUGAAGAUAAAGACUGCACUCAUGAGGAUUUGGUCCUAUUGAAUAUAGAGGAAGAACUUGAUGAGAAAACAGAAGCAUUAACCAUGCUCAACACAAAAACGAAGCCGGACAAACGCUCGGAGACGACAGAUCCUGUUAAGAGUGGUUCACAAACUGAAAAAGAGAGGAAGGCCACAGCCACAGAUGAGCAUCCACAGGUGAAAGACGUGCAGAGGAGGAAGGUAAAGAGAGACUGUGUCACAGACCACAGGAUUGAGGCUUGUGAGUCAAAUCGGUGCGAACCUGAAGUACUCAGGGCAUCUUCCGCAUGUGUCCCACGACAUCUUGACACACCAAAUCCUCCUCAGCCUCCACCAAGGCCAAAGGCCAAAGGUACAGACAAAAGUGGGAAAUCCAUUCAACAGUUUGAUAAUGUAGAGAGCCCAUGUGGUAAUGUCUCCUUACAACAGCAAACUGAAACUUCUAUUGGAAAAGCAAAAGAAGUAUCCCCAUCCACUGAUACAUGCACCUCCAUCACCAAAUAUCAACAUUUAGCUGCUGAACAGUCUCAGAGUAAGACUGAGGCUGUUUUACAUGAUGCUAAGGAAGAACUUGCUGGUAGUUGUUUUUCUGUGAAGGUAGAGAAAGAGCCAGUACUUCAGAAUGCAGUCAUAUCUACCUCACCAAUUCAGAUUCUGAGUGUUACUGAGAAUGCCAAAACAUCCCUUUCUGAUGAGACUGUUAAUUUAACGGCUGGUAGAGAAACAAACAUCCAAUCAGCUGCCUCUAUGUCUAAAAAACAGGUCAAAGUUAAUGUCCUCUCCUGCUCUGUCCCCAAGAUGCCACAACUCAUAACUGCAUCGUCCUCAUGCUCAUUAGAACAAUGCAAUGUGAUUCCCUUACCUCCUCUGUCUGUGCCAACUUUAGAGGACAGCGAUGGGCAGAGGCAGGUUGUUAGCAUGCAGAUGGAGAGCCAGCCUGUCUGUUACAUUGCUGUCAUCACCCCACCACCCAUCAUUCACAUUCUGCCUGAGAGGGAAAUGGAGAGCACAUUACCAACACAACAAAACAACAGUAUGGAUUUCACCCAGACAGAGGACAAAGCGACCUCAGGUGCCUCUAUAGAUCCUUAUGUUGCAGGGGAGAGGCUUAAACCAAAGGGGCCUCCUCCACCUGUCCCAAAAAAGCCCCCAAAUCCCUUCGUUAAGAUUCCAGCUGCAAAAACCUGCUGCUUGGAUGAGCAGAAGAUAUGUGAUGAUUAUUACCACAAGGAGGAGGAGAAGAAGAAGAAGAAGAAGAGGAGACAUUCACAUCAAGUCAACAAAGAAAAUGCUUGUGACACAGCUCCUCAGGACAUGUGUGUGUUAUGGGACAACACAGGUGCUGCUUACACUGUACCAUCCAACAUGUACACGCCAGAUAAUUUUGAUUUUUCACAACGACAAAGGACACCAACUAGAGAGGAAAAAUAUAGAAAUAUCAUAGAUUUUGAUGCUUGGGCACAAAUGGUCAAACGUGCUGCAGAAGAGGAAGAACCAAAACAACUUGACAUGUUGGAUGGACAACCUUUUUUGGAAAAGCAGGCUAAAUUCAAAGGUCCACCUCCUCCUGUACCAAAAAAGCCCCAAAAGCCAUUUGUUCCAUUAGAAACGGUUUCAAUCUCAGAAGACAUAACUUGUCCUUCAGAAGACGAGGAGAUACGAGAACUAGAGCAGGCCUUGUGUAAGAGAAUGGAAUGUGAUGAGGAGGAUGACCCUGAACCCCAUGCUGACACUGUCAGCACAGAUGUCCGUUGGAAGAACUUUGACCACAGUGACCGUAGAAUCCAUAGUGGUCUUGUUGAGCCGCGUUAUCGUGAUACUGUGUCUGAGCAUGAAACUGAGACAUACAGGCCUGUGGCUGAGCUCAUAAAGGAGACUAACCGGAUGCACCAGAGAAUCAAGCAUGCAGACUGGACAAAACCCCUUGCAGCCAAGUCCAUGAUCAGACAUGCAGACCGGGCAAAACUGCUCACGGCCAUGUCCAUUGCCGGGGCUGUGGACCAGGGCCAGAGCCUGAAAGUAUCACAGAUGAAGAAGGCCUUUGAUGUCACUAAGAAAUCUGCUGAAAAACCACCAGAGCCUGAACUCAAAAAAGGGUGA